AUGGAAAAAUUAACAAAUAAAGAAUUAGAAUUAAAAGGUGUUAUUAUCAAUAAACUAAGAUAUGGUAGUACUAGUUAUGGCUUAGGUGGUACUGUAUUAAUAAAAUUCGUACUUCCAAACUCUCUUUCAAGUAACUAUGUAUUAGAACAAGAUGAACUUCCAAAUGAAUUACCUCCAACAAAACUAAAGAAUGGUGACCAUGUAGGCAUUAGAAAUUCAAAAUCAAAAUAUGGAAAAGAUUAUGAAUUUAAAGGUAUAGUUUAUAAGAUUGAAAAAUCUGAAAUCACUAUUUCAACAGAUUUAAACACUUAUUUCCCACCUUUAGAACAUGAAUUUCUUACCUUUUCAAUUGACAAAUUAAAUCCAAAUGAUCAAGAAACUGAAAAGUCUGUAGAAGAAUCUUUAGAAAUUUUAAAAUCAAUUCAAAAUAGUAGAAGCACUGAUAACCUCUACUCUGCCCCUGCUGCAUCAUUCAAACCAAUUUCCAAAACACUAGAUCAGACUCAAAUGGAUACCGUUAAUUCAAUUUUAGCAACACCAGACGAAGCAUCUGAAAUCAAGGGUUUACCAGGUACCGGCAAAACUACAACUAUGAUCGAAUUGGUUCUCCAGUUAAUUAAAAAUGGUAACAAGGUUUUAAUUUGCAGCAAAUCCCAAGUCUCUUUAGAUAGCAUUUUGGAUAAGCUUUUUGAAUUUAAAAAAGAGUGCCCCUCUUUGAACCCAACUGCCAUUGGUCAACCAUCAUCCAUUUAUUCCCCAAGGUUAUCAAACUACUUUUUAGAUAAUAAAAUUCUAAAUGAUGAAUACUCUUAUCAAGUUAUUAGAGAAUCCAGAAAAGAGAUUGACUCCUUAUUUUACAAUUUAAUUUUUAUUAAAGAAGAAGAAAAGGAAAAUGCCAAAAACAAGAUAAAUCAACUUUUAGAAGAACUAGUAAAAACUGAAAAGUCAUUCGCAAACCAAGUUUUAAAAGAUUCAAAUGUUAUUUUAACUUCAACUAAGGAAUUAUCUUCACCAUACCUCAAAGAUUUAAAAGUCGAUUAUAUUAUUACCGACAGUUCUGAUUCAGUCUAUUGCAUCCCUGUUCAAAAUCUCACAACUUUUAAUCAUCAAACCAUCAAUUCUAAAAAUAUUACAACUUUAACAAAAAACUAUCGUAAUAACCACAUAAUCAGUUUAAUGAAUAGUUCAAGCAAUAACAGCACUGGUGAUAAAAACAAUGACCAACCACCACUAACAAUGAUCGACACUAGUGGUUGUGAUAUGGAAGAAAACCAAGAUGUUCCCAAUGAUGAAGAGUGCAUUUCAAAUGAAGGUGAAGUUACCAUUAUUCAAAAGCAUUUAGAAAACCUAAUCAAAUCUGGUGUUGAUCAAAAGGAUAUUGGUAUUAUUACACUAUCUAAUUGUCAAAUUAAAUUAUUAAAAUUAAAACUUUCUAGCCAAUACCCUGAUGUCGAAGUCGGUACCCCUAAACAGUUUGAAGGAAGAGAAAUAGAAAUCAUUUUCAUUUCAACAGUUCGUUCAAACAACUCUCCACACAAAAUAAGAAAUCUUGAAGAAAUAAACAGAAUGGUCCAAUUUUCAAUUACACGUUCAAAGAAACAAUGCAUUUUUAUUGGUAAUUCAGAUACAUUCUCUUUAAAUCCUCAACUUGACUUAUUAAUUCAACAUAUCAGAGACAAUGGUUUAUAUAAAUCGGUUUUAUAA